AUGCCACGUAAGCUACGUAAGCUACGUAAGAAUAUACGUAAGAGGAAGGGAGCAUUGAAACAUCCAAUAGUAAAACUGACACCACAACAACAGUUGCAACAACAAAUGAUGAAUGACCCCACUAUGUUGCAACAAAUGUCAAGCAACCCUAUGCUUUUAAACCGAGUUAUUGGUGCACAGAGUGGAGGUUUAAGAGCGGCACUUUUAGCGAAAAUGGCAGGCUAUGGUGGAGCUGCAGACGGAACAGCUUAUAACCCUCAAAGUCAAAUGAAUUUGAGUUCACUCAAAAAUCAAAUAACAGAUGUCAAAAAGUCAAACAUAGACAUACAGAAACAAAUAAGUGAAAACGAAAAGAAACUAGAAUAUGACAGACACACAAAGAAACUCAAUGAGUUAAACGUAGAGAAAAAGAAGAAAGAAGAACAACUGAAAGAACUAAGUACAGAGGAAUAUGCGAAAAAAGUGUCAGAAAAAGCAGCAGAAGUAGCAAAAAUGGAACAAGAUGUUAUAAAUUUGAAAAACCAUACUACUCAAUAUAAAGUACUGAAAGAUGAAGAGAUAAAACAAAAAGCCCUGAAGACAUAUAUGGAUAGCGAUGAGUAUAAAAAAGAAGUUGAAGCAAAUGUAAAGGCAGAAAAACUUUUACAGUUGCAAAACCAAACCGUACAGUAUGAAAACUUAGCACAAGAAAGUAAAAAUAACGACGCAGCCAUGCAAAAGGCAAUGA